CUCUCUCUCAUGGCGAUUGCCUUCGCUGCCUUAAGCCCUCAUCUUUCCCUCUCUCCCUUUCCAUCUCCCUCACCUCUCCCGUCGUCCGCCUCCUCUUCCGUUCCUGUUCUUCUAAUCCAUAGAUCGGUUCUUUCCCGUUCCUGUCUCCGUGGUUCAAGCGCUUGCCUCUCCUCUCAAGCUCUCCGGACAGGCGGUGAGGAAUUACCCGACGAAGACUCAGUCGAAUUCGAGAAGAAGGAUACGGACAUCCAUAAUAAGAAAAAGAAUACGAAGAAGAAAAAGCUCAGGCCAAGUUUCUGCGACCAGACUCUCGAACGAUGGUCCGUAAAGAUCUCCUCCCGCAGGUCCUCUUUCCCCUGGCAGAACCAAAAGAUUCAGCCAUCUCAGGGCUUGUCUGCACCGGGUACACCUGUCUAUCGAUCCUUAGGUAACUAUGGGGCUGCCGAUUUGGAUUCUCGGGAUCAAAUUAAGAACUUUGAUGAAGAGCGACGGAGAACAAGUUUGGAUUUAAUUGUUGAGAAGUUAGGUGGAAGUGUGGUUGAUAAAUGUUCAGAUUCAGGAGUUUCAGACGGUUCUUUGGAGCGUUCUGUUGAUGAAAUUCCUCCGAACCAUGGCAGGAGCAUUCCUUUUAGGAAGCGGUCGAUAUCAGCUCCAUGGGAUCAUGGAGCUGAACAUGGACAAAAACAUAUUCAUUCUGGUUUUGUAAAUGAGACUUUGAUGAAGAAUUUUGAGUUUGGUGGAGAGGAUGAGAGGCACAAGUGGACCUCCGUGGAUGCGAAGAGGAGAGGCUGCUCGGACCAAAAUAAGACUAGCUUGAAUUUCGGUGAUAAUUCAGGUGUCUCUGUCGAGGGAGGAUUCCAUGUCCUUUCCACUGACAAGACCUCUCAAACGAGUUCAGUGGGAGGUGCUUCAUUCAGAGACCAUGGAAUUGAUCCUUUGGAAGCUGAUACGGACCCCAAAGUUGCAUUUCAGUUGCCUAUAAGAGACUAUGAUUUGAAUGAAAAUGGAGGAAAGAGUAGGGUCAGUGUGAUAGUUGAUAAACUAAAGGAUUCUAUGGGUUCAAGUGCCCCCAAAAUUAAUGUGUGUGCUUCUUUUGGUAAGUCUGCUUCUAAACAUGGGUCUAAUCCAGGCAAUAAUGUCGUUAAGUUGGUGAGUCCAGUGUUAUUACCAUGGGAGAGAGAGACUGAUUCUAAGGAGGGAGAGCAGUUGCACAGAAGUAACACUGAACUGGCAGAGAGGGCCAUUCCAGAGCCAGAGCUACGAAGGCUCAGAGAUGCUGCAUUAAGGAUGAAAGAAAGGAUGACUGUGGGGCCAGCAGGGGUGACUGAGGCAGUUGUGAAAAACAUUCAUGAGAAGUGGAAGGAGGCCGAGGUGGUCAAGUUAAGGUUUGAAGGCACACCUAGUUUGAACAUGAAGAGAACACAUGAGAUUUUAGAGAAUAAAACGGGAGGUCUGGUGAUUUGGAGGUCUGGAAGGUCAGUUGUGCUAUAUAAGGGAAUGACAUAUGAACUGCCAUGCAUCCAGACCUACUCAAAACUUGCUAAUACUGACUCUAACUGUAUCCCUUCAAUCAAGGAUUACUUCGUUCAUAUUACUGGGAACCCAUCAGAAGAGUCAUUUAACAUUUCAAGAAGAUCUGCAGCUGAUUCUUCUGCCUGCGGAAAUCCAUCUGAACAAUUUCCAGAUACUUCUGAUAUUGACAAUAUAUUAGAUCAGUUGGGACCACGAUAUCAAGAUUGGUCUGGUCGUAACCCACUUCCAGUUGAUGCUGACUUGCUUCCUGGUGUAAUUCCUGGUUAUGCACCACCAUUUAGACUUCUUCCUUACAAGACCAGAAGUACUCUUAGAGACAGAGAAAUGACAGCUCUGCGAAGACUUGCUAGAACAAUGCCUCCUCAUUUUGCUCUAGGAAGAAAUAGGCAACACCAAGGCUUAGCUGCUGCUAUUGUGAAGUUAUGGGAGAAAAGUUCUAUCGUAAAGAUAGCCAUUAAACGUGGUAUACCAAAUACAUCUAAUGAGAGAAUGGCUGAAGAAAUCAAGAAAUUGACAGGGGGAGUGCUUGUUUCUAGGAACAAGGAGUAUAUCGUCUUCUAUAGAGGUAAUGAUUUUGUGACAUCUUCAGUUAUGGAGGUGCUGUCGGAGAAACAGAAACUAGCGUCUAUUCACCAGGAUGAGGAAGAAAUAGCCCGGUUAAGGGCAUCAACAUCGAUAGUUGCUCAUGUCAAAAGUCCUAAGGGUCAAUUAGUUGCUGGUACACUUGCAGAGACUCUGGAGGCCAAGAGUCGCUGGGGAAAUCCAUUUAGUGCUGAGGAAAGAGAAAUGCUAAAGAAGGAUAUGGUUUUAGCUAAACAUGCAUCUCUUGUUCGAUACCUUGAAAGAAAGCUAGUAUUUGCAAAAAUUAAGGUCAGGAAAGCAGAGAAGGCUUUGUCCAAAGUGCAGGAAUUCCUGAAACCAGCAGAUCUUCCAAUUGAUUUAGAGACUGUCAGUGAUGAGGAGCGGGCCUUAUUUCGUAACAUUGGUCUUAAGAUGCGGGGUGCUCUACUUCUUGGGAGACGGGGAGUUUUUGAUGGAACUGUUGAAAAUAUGCACUUGAACUGGAAGCAUAGAGAACUUGUCAAGAUUCUUGUGAAGGGAAAAAGUUUUGCACAAGUAAAACACUAUGCAAUUUCCCUUGAGGCUGAGAGUGGUGGAGUAUUGAUUUCACUUGAUAAAACUACGAAGGGCUAUGCAAUUAUCAUAUACCGUGGUAAGAACUAUCAGCGGCCUCCAACUUUGAGGCCCAAAAAUCUGUUAACAAGGAGGCAGGCAUUAGCACGCUCUAUAGAGCUUCAGAGACGGGAGGCCCUGAUUCAUCAUAUUUCAAGUCUACAGGAGAAGAUUCAGAUUCUAACAUCUCAAUUAGAGCAAAUGGAGGAUGAUAAGGGACCAGGAGAGAAGGACUUGGACCUGCCGGUUGAUUUAUUUUCGGAUGACGAUGUGGAGGAUGAAGGUGAAGAGGCCUACCUUGAAACAUACAGCAGUGGCGCCGAGGAGGAGGAGGAUGUUUUUCGGUGAAUUUUUAUUUGCUAGUGACAUCGGUUCCCGUCUUCGUUCCUUCAUUGACCAGCAUUUUAUCAUCAAGAAAGGUACUAAUGCUAUUUGAGGAACAAGCUGGACCAGGUUCUCUUAUGCUGAGGUAUUCUUGAUGAUGUUGGUAGGGAACGUGCCUCCUCACAGUGGUGGUUCCUCGAGGACUCGGGUGAUCUUUUGGAGUAACUCUGAGUGCAUCAAUCGUCUUCAAAAGAGUUUCCAUAUGCGGUUUCGUCUUAUUUAUUGAUAGGAUACAAGCAGUCUAUCAUAUUUACUUCAUGAGCGACACUCAUUCUCAAUCACAUUUUGAGCUACUAAUCAACCAUUCAUUUGUUGAUCUCUUGUUGUAUGAAGUGGCAAAGGCUAUGAUAGAUAAUUUGGCUCGUUCAUUCCCAAGAGCCGUAUUAUAUUGUGCUAGCAGGCAAAGAUAACAAAGUUCAUCUAAUUCUAACUA